AUGAGCUCUGAGCAGAAGCCCACAGGUGACAGUCCUGUGGGCGGGCUUUGCCACCUUGUUGAAGCAGCCACAGCUCUAUCGAAACUUGUGGAGGCCUCGGGCAAAAGAAGUGAGAAAGCUGAGCAGCCUGUGCAGCCCGCUGAGCAGACGGCCGCUCUUGCCGCUGAGAGAACUGCCAGUAUCAGCGACGACGACGAAGAUAAGAAGAACGGUGUCCGAUGCAACAAGCGGGAGAUCUUCCCACAGCGAUUGCUUGCCAUUCUGAAUGACUCUUCCCUCUCAGACACUUGCACCUGGCUUCCUGGUGGCAGAAGCUUUGUGAUCGUCAGGCCCGACGUCUUUACCGAGAAAGUGUUGCCCAAGUAUCUUCCUCCUGUGGAUGCACGAGGUAGCACCAAGUACCCUUCCUUCACUCGAAAGCUUAACCGAUGGGGCUUUCGUCAGAUCACUCGUGGUCCCGAUACAGGCGCCUUCCACCAUCCUCUCUUCCGAAGAGAUGAGCCACAUUUGUGUCUUCAGAUGGUCUGCCAGCGAAGUCGAGACAGGCGAAGCAGCGGAUCCGCCAAGCAAGCAAUGGGGGCGGCUCCCACUCUCCAAGCACCCCAGAAGCCAGCACCAGCCACCGAGCCUCAGACCCUCGCUCUCCCUGCUCGUACAGCCUCUGUUGUCUCUUCUGAUGACAGCUCUUCGACUAGUGAAAGUACCAGGUCGAUGGCAUCUUCUUCUUCAGCCUCGACACAUGUGACCUUGAUGAAGGUGGCAACACCUACAGUGGCAGCAGUAGCAACGAAUGCUAUAUUGAAGCCUGCCGUGAUGCCUCAGCAGGCUCCUUUUGUUUCCAAGGACGAGACUCUGGUGCAGGAUGCUCUGCGCCAGAGUGUGGAGAACGAACGCAUCCGUGCAGCCAAAGCGAUGCUCUACCAUUCUUACAUGCAAGCAUUGGGAGGACGCUAG